AUGGAGGAAAGCUUGUUCAUAGAUCUCGAUGGGAAUAAAAACCUCUUGGACUUUAUUAAAAAAUACGAAGAAAGGUUGAAACGAGAAAACUCCACCAAUAUGGUUUUCUCAGGGGAGGAUAUGAAUGAACAGAAUGGGUCUACACAACCAAUUGAGCAGAACAAACCGAACGAGGGAAAACCAAAGGGGGGAAGAAAAAACUCCUUCAUCUCGGAAAGCGACAAACUGCACCUACUGCAGUGCCUCAGCAGAGCUAGCUUCUCCAAGGAAGGAACUUUGGACGGUCCUAAAAAAAAGGAAAAUAUCUUUCGCUACCAUUCGUUUUGCAUAAAUGGGGGGGAGAAGGCCGCCAUUCAAAAGGGAAACCAUGCCUCUUCGCAAAAACUAGGCUCGGCCAGGGGGGUCAACAGGACGGCCAAGCAGUGGCUCAGGUCGCAACAGAGAAUCGCCAAAUUGGUGCCGAAGAGAGCAUCACCGGAGGGGCCAAAGGAAGAGUUGAGGGAAGCACCGAAGGAGGAAGACCCCCUGGCAGCGCAAAAAUCAGGCGAGGACACACCAAAACAACACCCUGCCUGCUCACAAGUGCGCAAAAAGGAGCAAAACACCAAAACGACCCCCAAUAGUAACGAAAAAAUAAAAAGACACAGAAAAGAUAUUCUCCUUUCCCUUCAAAACAAUAAUUCUUCCCGCUCAGUACAAAUCUCAAAAGGAAAAAAAAAACAGAAAGAGUUUUUAAAAAAUAAUUCUGCGAUAGACAUAGUACCUUCUUCUUUACAUGGAAAGAAGAGCUCUCCUAAUUUGUUUCCCAUGGGAGGAAAUGCUUCGAGAACUAAAGCUGUGCACUCAACCGAAUGGGUGAAAAAGACGACAACGAACCGGUGGAAAGAAGGACUCCUCCCUCGGGGGGCAGGGUUUAAACUCCAAAGGGGCCGUGUUAACGUUGCUAGGCCAAACUUAGCUGGCAGCCACCGAGGCGGACCAGAUCGAAGUAAGAACGAAAAAUGGGGAACACCACGUGAGGGAGGAAAGAAAGAGCAUCUCCCCCCAGAUGAACAGAAUAGGCACACAAGUACCUCACGCGUAGACAUUGAUCAUUCUUUGGAAAACUCUCUCAUCCUGACUGUAUCAUCGUCUUCUUCAGCGUCCUCAUCGUCGUCGUCACCUUUUUCCUCUUCCUCUUCCUGCAAUGUAAUUUAUUCUGUCUCUUCGUACGACAAGGAGGGAACGAGAAAAAGUUCCAGGGUUGUAUUUUCUGGCGGAGAUGACCACAGGGGGGGACACACACACGGAAUGACACGUCAUUAUACGGUUGGGAGGGAGGAAGCAGUGAAGGUGGGUAAAAAUAUUUCUCCUUUUGUCCCUCCUUGUGAAAUGGAUACCCAGGAGGAGGAAGUGUUAAGAGGUGAGAGCGCAGAGGGGUGCCCCGUUAAUGUGGGCAUAUCCGUUGGGGGACAGACGGUACGAAGGAAGAACGGCAAAAAGAACUCCACGGGAAAGAGGGAAAAAAGGGCAAAAAAGAGCAUCCCAAUUCAUGGAAAGGCUGAGCAAGUUGUCCCGCUGGACCAAAUCGACCCGGUGGAAGAAAUGUGCCAAAUCGUUCGGUACAAAAAGGCCGUCACCAAAUUGAAGAGGAAAAUUUUAAACGGGGUAAAAAGAAUAAGGGAGGUUCAUUCGGUUAGGGAAGCAGCACAUGCAGGAGGACAUCCUGGAGGACAGUUCGUGCAGUUUGUUAAGCGGGCCAAGAGAGCGUUGGAGGACAGGCGGGCAGGGUCAACCAGUGGGAUGGUAACCACCCCAGAUGGACAAGAUAGACCAAAGGGAAGAAGCCAACCUGAGCCUUACCAACGAGCAGACACAUGCGAACUUUUCCUACAGAAAAACAAAAACGAAGCGCUGCUCAGAAAAUACAUAGACAGGAAGAAGCAUCUAAUGAACCACGUCAAAACAUAUAUCUUGAUCCACCAGAGGAGGCACCAGAAAGAGUGUCUACAUAAAAGGAGAGCAGAAAAAGGGGGGGGAAAUAACACUGUAGCCAUGUGGUUGGAGGUAGACUCAGAGAGGAAGAAAAAGGAAAGGAAAGACCAACCUUGUGGGGAAGUGAACGAAGAAGGGGAGUUUUCUCCCAUGAUUAGUCCACCCCAGGGAGAAGACCUCCAAAUGGUUGUUACUCCACUGUUAAGCGAAGCUGUGGGGAGGAGUUCCCACGGGUGCCAUGUCGAGAAGACAGACUCAUUGACGAAGCAGCCAUUCGUGGUAACACAUGAUGCAGACUAUUCCGUCAUAACCACGCAGGGGGAAGUACAUAAAAAUGCAAAAAAUGAGGAGGAAGGAAAAUUAAAAAAAAGUGAAAUAAACCUUAAAGAUGAUAAGGGUAGCGUCAAAGAGAGAAUUUUCGAUAACCGUACCUUUGAAGAGGAGCUCCUUCAUCCUGGAAGCUUCUCUUCUAAACGAGUGAAGGAAUUCCUGAACGGAAGCGACAUCCUGACGAAGGAACUGGAAACGCCAAAUGGAUGGAGUGCCCUCGGGAGGAGUUCAUUUUGCCUGUCCCAUUUGGAUACCCUAAGCAAAUCAAAGGAAAAAAUUAAUGCCAUGAAAAGUGGAAAAAUGUUUCUAUGCUCCAGUGAGAACAAGGCGCCACGUGAGGAGUACAUCCGUGAGGUUCGACUCAAAAAGGGGGGAGAGAUGCGGCUCUCACCGACCGUUAGGACGGACCUUUUGGACAACUGUGCGGCAAUUUUUGCAUUCCUGAGGAGCCAACUUGGGAAAGUAAAUUCGGCACUCACGGGGGGACGCCUCACCAAGGGGAGUCACUCCCCCGGGGGAGACAAACGGAACUAUCUACGCAGUUUGCGAAGAAACGUAAAGAGGCAUCUGGAGGAGCUGCGAAGAACGAAGAUUGUAGCAUUCAUCCUUUCGGUCCUCCCUGAAAAAAGCAAUUCCCCGUGCACACCGACCUGCAGCGUGAAGCAAGUGCGGACGCCCAAUAUAUCCGUCAUGCGGGUGGGGACGCCGCACAUAUCCCUCAACCAUGGAAAAUCCCCAAACUGGAUUGCACCCCUUCCUGUGGCACACCCAGUCAGGUGUAGAGUCCCCACCAACGUUUUCAGAAGACGCAGAAAGGGGAAAAUUGCAACCACCUGA